AUGUCUGCUAACUUGGCUUUGAUGACUGUCAUAUUGAGCAAGAAGCAGUUGAGAAGAUGGUCCCACGGGCUGCUCUUCCACCAGGCGAUAGUGGACUGCGCGCGAGCGGCCAUCUUGCUGCCACUCGGCAUCGCCGUGUUUCGAUGCCAGCCGGUGUACAAGUGCUCGCUGGUUGAAACCGCUUUUCUUUUAUUGGUGACGGUGUCCACAGUGAAUAUGCUAACGACGGUGCUAAACGACAGCCCUAUAUUCCCCGAGAACGAAGAAGAACAAGCAGAUUUGUCUGCGCCUUUACUGAUGGACAGUCCACAGUGUGUCCUCUUCGGAACGUUCAUGAUAUGGUUCGCGUCGAUCACAAUAAACCUCGGGCCUACAUUCUUAUCCGGGGCGUUGGCUGCCAGCGCCGGGUCUUACGGGUCGUAUGGUCCGUCCCCAUCCUGCCCCCUAGUAAGAGGACCCUUCAGGCACUACGUACUGAAUGCCCUCUGGAUCGGGGUCAACGCCGUCUGCGUCGGCCUGACUCUCUUCCACCUGAAGAAACUCCACAGGGAUCUUACAAAGGCUAACGUAGAGGCAGUUCGAGUAGCUGGUUUAGUGACGACCCUAGUCAGCAUGGCUGGCGACAACAGGCGCAUGGACUCUCUGCCCAACAGCGUCGGACCCAGGACUGUUGACGGAGCGCUAGCCGAUGGCCAGUGCAGGUCUGGAGCUAGUGCCAACCUGCCUCUUGGAGGAGGCCGUCGUCUGCGAGGGUACCUUGCCAGGGUAGAAAGGGAGGGAGUGAGGCGAGUCCGCAUGUUUCUGGUCAUCACGGCAGCGUAUGUCCUCUUCUGGGGACCGCUGUUUAUAAUCACGCUGUUCCAUCACCCGGCUUUGACGUCACACGUUGCUUAUGAGAUGUACUUCCAAAUAACGCUGCACAUAUCGUACGUGCACGCGGCAGUCAACCCGCUGCUGUUCAUGGCGCUGCAUCGAGCGCUGCGCCGCGCUGCGCUGCAGCUGUGCUGCGGCUGCUGCGUGCAUUGGAGUCAGUUUGUACUGGCACUCACUGCUGCGGCUCAAUCUCCACUAGCGCCGUCCUCGUUCUCGCCAGCGGCCGCGUCCCCCGAGCCGCCGCCGGCGCCGCCACCCCCAAUGGCCCCUCCUGCCACCUCGGUCCCUGGCCCCCCGAUGGGGCCGCCGACGCCUCACACGAUGAUGAGUUGGGAAGUUGAGGAGUGUGAUGCUGAGAGUAUGUCGAGUUCGCGUGUGCAGGGAGACGAGGAUAUGAUGGCUGAGGCUUGGAGCGGCGGCGUGCGGCGGCCUCCGCGCUCGCCGAGCCCCCUGCUGCCCGCCAUCUGA